AUGCCGCCGUCGCGACCUACCGUACGAUGCUGCCGAGCAGUUCAGCAACAUUUUCCAGCUCCGUCCGACAACGUAUGGAUCACGGAUGGUCUCUUGGCGAGCGCUUUUGAGCGCUACUGCCACGUAUCACGCCUCACGCGACGCAAGUCGAGCUCUGUGCCCGGCCCGCUCGAGAAUCGAAGACGGCUGGGCAAGAGGAGGAUGGCAGAACUGCACCUGGACGGACAUUCGACCUUGCCUCCCUGGGCCAUUGAGUUCCCGGUCGACCUGAGUCAAUGGAAGUGGCAACCGCCGACCCUACGUAUAUCAAAGGAACAGAGGGAUCUACAGAGCCAGCAAAGUCAAUCUUUGCUGUCUCGCGUUUACAGAUGGUCGGUGUCGGAACAGCAGAUGAAUGAGGAGGAAAUUGCUCGGAUUGACAUUGAAAGCCCGCCAAUCUCUACCUUUGAAGAACGGCUAUCUCAAGCCCGAGCCGCCGUUGCGGCUUCGACACAGCACGCGAUCGGCUCGGAAUACUACGACUUCAUCGAGGGGCUUCAGAGGGAAUUGAAAUUGGGUGCUCUCGAUCCCAGUGCCGUGGACUCGGCUGUUUCAACUUUUCCUCAGUCUUUGAUCAGUACACGUGCUGACGGCGAGACGGUCAGCAUUGCCAUUGAGCUGUUCCUUUCGGCCGUUGUCAACGGAAUCGCAUGUUCCAAAGUUUUGGGCCCGUCAGAGUUUGGUGCGAGCUUUUGGAACCUUCUGCUGAAUCGGACGUCUCAAAUGCGGGCCAAUGACGCGACGAUUCUUCUAUUCCAGACUACGCUCGAUGCGGUCCCUCGCCCAUACAUCAAUGAUAUCCACGAGGGCAUCAUUGCGGCGGUGCAAACGCUAGCCGUGUCUCAGUCGACGGGGCGCAGACGGGCCGCGGACAUUGGCGUUGCGCUCCGCGAAUUGUCGCCCGAAGACCACGGCGCGCUUCUCGAGGGGAUCGAAACCGUAGUCUGCCGAGGUUCGGUAGUCUUUGAGGAGGAAACCCGCCAAAAGCUUCACUUCCUUUGGCUGCAGGUCUUGGCACAUAUGCCGCGGGUCGACUCAACCUACCUUUUUGACGCUUGCGUCAGAUCCCAAUACUUUGAUCGCGAGCUGCCCUGGCACGAUGACAGAGAUCUCAGCCAGCUUAUCCUCCAGCAAUGGACUAGCCGCGGGUACCUCGGCGACCACAAGGCCGUUGAGGCAUUCUGGGUCCGCGAAUCUUCCAGACACGCAACCUCGAGCCUCGCUGCCCUAGUAGCCGGCAUCUGCGAAAUCGAGCAUGACAAACCAAAGCAUUUGAGGAGGGAACAUGUAUGGUUGAUCAAAAAUCUCAUGAAGCUGUUGAGACGCUUCGGCCGCCAGAACCAGCUUGUCGUCUCGAUGCAGCGCUUCGCAGAAGCCAGGGAUACGAUACCUAUUAUGCCCUUCGCGCGAGUCGCUUCAGCCAGUCACGACUACGAGACGGCUCUCAAGCUUCGUUCGAUUUUGCUCUCUCGCGAGGGAAAGCUGGAGGGCCGAAUGGGCUCACAAUGGCCUUGGACAGCCUGGGUGCCCUACAUCAAGUCCAUGAUAAGAGACAAAUCCGUCCCGUCCUGGACCAUCUGGUCGGCAGUUCACUGCGGCGAUGGCAAGAUGAAUAUUUACCCUGCCAAGCAACGUGAUCUCUGGAUCAGGAGAAUAUCUCUGAUGGAGGACAUGGCAAUGUGGUUCGCGAGCGCCAACACAAGGUCGGAAAGGAGUACAUUUCGGGACGUUUCCAAAUGUAUCAACUGGCUGCGGAACAACAAGGUACCGCUGAAUAGCAGGUCGAUGACGGCAAUUGCCAAGGUAGCCACACGGGAACUGAAAAGGGGUGAAUUCGGGCGGACUCAACGCCUGGUCUGGUUGAUGGACAUCAUAGGACAGUCCAAGGGACCCGAGCAGAAAGCUUUGGUUGCUCGAGUGCUCCAACGGUGGAGGCAAGCCAAUUCCGAACUGGAAAUAAAGAGGUGCCGAGAGGCUGAACGGGUCCCGGACGCUGAACGGAUUCGAGAGGCGAUUAGGGCUCCGGAAAGGAGCGAGUGGUAG